GAUGGUGGCACCAAUGUUGAGCUGAAGGACUUGCAACUGUGGAUGGAAAGCUGUUCAAGUAAUGUGUCUUUCGGCAAUGUACAGACAAUGUGUCCCAAGGAGGGUCGGCCCCAAAAUACAUUCUACAAGCAUUGAUGCUUCCAUGGCUGACGGACUUGUCAGGCAUCUGCAAAAGAAGAGACACUCACAUUGUGCAAUAUCUGCUUAAACUUUUUAAGAACUGCUGACCAACCGGCAGGAACUUGAGAUUGAACUUUUGGUGUGGUAUUGAAGACCCCGACCAGUUCUCAGCCAGAGACCACUGGUGUUGGUGUUCAUUUUUAUUGACCCAUCUUACAUUUCUUACUCUUCAGACCCUGUAUUGGUACCUUUCAAAUUGGAGAAAGGAAGUUGCAGAGUUUUUUGUUUGUUUGUUUUUUGACACUGCUGAGCCAUAAGGACAGAAGAGGUAAUGGAUGAUGUUGGCCAUGGUGACGUAGUGUAAAUGGCUAUUCUUCAGCACAUCCCGGUGCCAGUAUCUACUGCUCGAUCUUCCUCUUCCACUCCCCUCUCCUCUUGCUCCUACUUCCCUUAUCUGCUGUCCUUCCUUAAUCAUUACUGCCUCUUGCUGUCCAGUCCUGCCUUUACCCUCCAAACACCAUGGUGGGUUCAGGGUUGGGUGUUUGGAAGCUAAUGCGAGGUGUCCGCCAGCUAGAGCUCCAUCGCCUCAUCCUGGCGCUCAUCAUCUUCUGCUUGCUGUCCAUGGCCUUUUUAGCUUACUAUGUCUCCAACAGCCCAAAAAUCAAGGAGGCCCCUCCUUUACCUUUUAGUGAUUGUGGUGGAGGUGGUGGGAUUUCACUAGGAGUAAGUACGGGCGAUGCAGAAGGAGGGCCAGGUGGCCAGAGGGCACCACUUUUUCUUCCUCCGCGCCAGGGACAACUACACCAUGUUAAGGAUAAUUUGAAGACGGAGCCUGUGGUUCUGGUAUUUGUAGAGAGCAUCUAUUCCCAACUGGGCCAGGAGAUUGUAGCCAUAUUGGAGUCAAGUCGCUUUCACUACCGGACAGAGAUUGCUCCUGGUAAAGGUGACAUGCCCACAUUGACAGAACGUAACCGUGGACGCUAUACUUUGAUCAUCUAUGAAAAUGUCUUGAAAUAUGUCAAUCUUGAUUCGUGGAACCGUGACUUGCUGGACAAGUAUUGUGCUGAGUAUGGAGUAGGUGUCAUUGGCUUUUUCAAAGCGAAUGAAAACUCUCCUUUCAGUGCACAGCUCAAAGGCUUUCCUCUCUAUCUACACUCGCACUUGGGACUCAGGGACUACCGCAUCAACCCCGCUGCUCCUCUACUCUACAUCACCAAGCCUAAUCAGAUGGAGCAGGGCUCCUUACCAGGCGAUGACUGGACCAUUUUCCAGUCUAACCAUUCUACCUAUGAACCAGUGCUUCUAGCUAGAACCAAGACCUCAGAUACACUGGCGCAUUUUGGACCCAGCCCUUUGCGGGCCCUUCAUGCCACAGUAAUCCAAGACUUGGGGCUCCACGAUGGCAUUCAAAGAGUUCUUUUUGGAAAUAAUCUCAACUACUGGCUUCACAAGCUAGUGUUUGUGGAUGCUAUUGCCUACUUGACAGGAAAGAGACUGUGUUUGUCCUUGGACCGUCACAUCCUCGUAGACGUGGACGACAUAUUUGUUGGCAAGGAGGGAACCCGUAUGAAGGUGUCUGAUGUGGAGGCAUUGCUCAACACACAAAACAAACUGCGAGCACUGGUCCCAAAUUUCACCUUUAACUUGGGGUUUUCGGGAAAGUUCUAUCACACAGGCACUGAUGAAGAGGAUCAGGGAGAUGACAUGCUGCUGCAACACAGGAUGGACUUCUGGUGGUUUCCUCACAUGUGGAGCCACAUGCAGCCUCACCUCUUCCACAAUGUCAGCGUUCUGGCUGAGCAGAUGAGACUCAACAAGGUUUUUGCUCAGGUGGGCAACAUUAUUACACUGGGCAGUCUCACAAUAUGGAAGCUUGAUUUCCUGCAAUAAAACAAAAACAAAAAUACAGCAGAUUACAG